GAUUUGACUUUCAAAUACAGGACUCAAGUGGAACAUGAAGAGAUAUAAAAGGGGUCACUUGGAAAGGAGUUUUGGGAGACUUUGAUGUCAGAGAUAAGGACGCCGAAUCUCUGUUGUGUUCAGAAGCGGACCGCUCCAUUGGCCUGCCUGACCAGACCUCUUGGCCGUCCUCCAGUCUCCCCGGGCUAUUAGGAAUCCAGAAACUAUAUUCUUCUGUGCCUGUAAAAAAUAUGUGCUUAGUUAUAUAAUUAUAAUGACUGAGAGAAAUGAUGAAUCCUUAGAAGAGAUCAGAAAAUUCAUCUCUCUUGCUCUUCUUUGUAAAGGAACUUAUGUGAUGGUAUUUGAAGAAGGCAAUGUUGAUGAGACAUCAAAGACCUAUGGGAAGUGGAAUGAGAGAGUUGCUGCUUUCUGCUAUAAGAUGAAGAAAAUGAGUUCCAAGAGAGAUGAAGCUAUUUUUCUGAGGUCACACUGAUAUGCUGAUCACAGUGCCUGGCACAUAAUGAGAAAUUUAUAUUGUCAGCGUAAUAUCUUUGACACUAAGCAGAGCUGAACAGUCUAUAAAAGCUGGGUGAGAGAUACAGAAAUCCAGAGCUCAGGACACUUUCUAAGGUCCAGAAGAAAGACUCUUCACUCUUACCCCACCUGCUGUAUUUGACUGCGUGGUCAGAAGGCAGUGAAAAUGAAAAAUAUUUACUUCCUGGCUGGAUUGUUCAUAAUGCUGGUACAAAGCAGUUGGCAACACUCCCUUCAGGACACAGAAGAAAAACCCAGACCAUACACAGAUUCCCAGACAGAACCAUUAGAUGACAAUCUGAUGAAUGAAGACAAGCGUCAUUCACAGGGCACAUUCACCAGUGACUAUAGCAAGUAUCUGGACUCCAGACGAGCUCAAGAUUUUGUGCAGUGGUUGAUGAACACCAAACGGAAUGGGAACAAAGUUGCCAAACGCCAUGAUGAAUUUGAGAGACAUGCUGAGGGGACCUUUACCAGUGAUGUCAGCUCUUAUUUGGAAGGUCAAGCUGCCAAGGAAUUCAUUGCUUGGUUGGUGAAAGGCCGAGGAAGGAGAGCUUUUCCAGAAGAAGUCACUAUAGUUGAAGAGCUUGGCAGAAGACAUGCUGAUGGUUCUUUCUCUGAUGAGAUGAAUACAGUUCUGGAUAACCUUGCUACCAGGGAUUUCAUCAAUUGGCUGCUUCAGACCAAAGUUACUGACAGGAAAUAAAGUGCAUAAUUACUCAAGAUCAUCUCCACCACAUCACCUGCUGGCCUCUUGGGAUGUUUUAAAAUUUCUGUUCUGUAAAUUAACAGAAUAUAUCCUAAAGCCUUAUUGCUUUGCAUGCCAAGAAAUGAAUUUCAUUCCAGUGUUGUGUAGCCAAAGGAUUGUUUUUGGAAUAAACUAUUGUCAAAGGACUCUUUAAAUAACAGCUUCAAAUACAAAAGUGCCAGAUCCUCAUAUUUUCCACUUAUUUCGGGCAAAAAAAAAUUCCAACCUGUUUACAUUUAGCUAUAGAAAUAUUUUUUUUCUAUAAAAUCAGCUUGUACAUAUAAGUGAUUUCAAUCACAAAAUGUCUGCAUUAGUAAUCAGAGAGGAAGAAAGGAACUGGUAACCACAACAGGGAAUAUGAAAACAGAACUUUCCACUUGAAACCUUUGUCAUAAAAAUGCUCAGCUUUCAAAAAUAACAAACAGCAGACUUAAAUAAAAAUUUUCAAGCUUC